AUGAUUGCUAGGUCGCAACCAUAUAUCAAUGUAUCCGCUAAGAGAACUACUCAAUUAAUUUCCAACAAAAAUUCAAAUUAUAAUCUGAAAAUAAAUUUACGUACAUUACCGGGUUAUAUUGGACACCGAACUAGUAGAAUCAAUCGAUCGAUUAAUCAGGACGCUUAUUCUAUUCAUUUAUUGAAAAACAAACAAUUGCAGCGUACUCCCAUUCUAAAUUUAUCUGUAUUCGAUGGUCAUGGAAAUCCAGAUUCAAAGGUAUCAAACUUACUAGCCGACAACCUGCAUAAUUAUAUCAUAUCUAAUGAUUUUUCAAAGGAAAAGCUCUUCGAUUUAUUGUUACGUUACGUACAGAUCUUUGGAGGUACUUAUUGGAAUAAUUUAUAUCAAAAUAAGUACAAGUUUUAUGAUAAAUUCAUAGAAAAUUGUAACACCAAAAUUGAACAAAUAAUUGAAAAUAAGAAUUCUAUCCUGUUUAAUAGAUCAGACAAAAACUCUCUUUUGACUGAAAGACAACGAUUGAAUUUCUUCUACAGUUUCCUCAAAUUUGAUUUAGAUUACUGUUGCGGAUACAUCAAUGAAUCAAAAGAAACGCCGCCAGAUAUCAAUGAAAUGAUAAAAAAAUAUCCAGGUGGCUCAACAGCAUCUUCUAUCUUUCUCUCGACGUUUAAAGAAAGUGAUAUGAUUGAAGAAUCAUUCUUUAUUGAUUCUAAUGAAAUUUUCAAACUCGUCGUUACACAAGUUGGUGAUUCUAGGAUCUUACUGUGUGAUUCUGAUGGUAUUGCACAUAAUUUGGUUAAGCUCCAUCAUCCAAAUGAAUUCAGAGAAUUUAAAAGGUUGAUGUUGGCAGAAAACGACAUUUCCACGUCUAGCGACGCAUUUGGUGAGAGAAGAUUUCUGGACAAUUUCACCAACACAAGAUCAUUUGGUGAUCUGGUGGGUAAGAAAGAUGGAUUGACUGCAGAACCUGAUAUUUUUUCUUAUUUGAUAGGGAAUACCAUCGAAUUAUCUUACAACGAAACUUCAAAACUGCCGUUCGGUGGGAAUGAAUGCUUUAUUGUAUUGGUGACUGACGGUGUCUCAGAUAUUCUGACGGAUCAAGAAAUUGUAGAUUUAAUUGCAUCCAUCGUCAACGUCAACGGUGAGAAAAAGGCAAAUCCUCAGUUUGUAGCAAAUGAAGUAAUCAAUUUUAUUUCAAGUGUCAGUAAUAAAUAUUCUGACAACGCAACAUGUUUGAUAUUGAAACUCACUAACUGGGGCAAAUGGCCAAUAAUCGACAGAUCAGGUAUAAUGAGCGAGCAAUCGUUGUUGAAAGCAUGA